AGUAAGAUCUUUGAAAUUGCUGCAUGUUGCAUUUAUAUUUUGGUUGUGCGUGUGUGUGUGCAAAAGGACAACCAGCCAACUUGACACAACUUGACACAACUGUGGGAAGUGUUGGAGUCAACAUGGGCCAACAUCUCUGGAACGCUUUCAACACCUUGUAGAGUCCAUGCCCCAACAAUUGAACCUGUUCUGAGGGCAAAAGGGUGCAACUCAAUAUUAGGAAGGUGUUCUUAAUGUUUUGUGCACUGUGUAUAUUAGGAACUCACUCAACUUACUAUUGAGAGUAAGAAUAGUAGAAUACACCAGGUACAUUUCGAAACUUGGUUGUGCAUCAGCAGUUUUUAUGUCAGUCACUGACUGUCAUUCAAUUAGCCAUGUCAGUUAACCAUUUUAAGAUGAGUAGUUAGUUUAGCCAUCCAUCUAAACUUGAUUUUAAAACAUUGCUAGUCAUUCUCACUCGUAUCAAAUUAAAAUGGCAUAAGUCGUUAGAAAAUGUGUAGAAUUGCAUUUUCUCUCUAACCCCCAACCAUAUCUUGCCUCCAAAAGGCUGUCCAGAGCUAAGGGACAAUAGACACUGCUGGAUACCAUUCUUUGAGUGCAGAGGGGAGGUGCAAGAGUGUCACUUUCCUGUAAACCCAGGUUAGUUAACGUUAGGGGGUUCUGAGUCCAUAUGACGUCUUCCUUCGCCUGGUUAGACCGCACAAACACCAUACACACUAUAACACCGUUCUCAGUUCUCACGAAGCGCAGCAGACUCUUGAUGAAAGCAGGCUGAGUAGCUGUAAGCUUUUUCAUGUGGCAGUUCCUACUUCCCACUGAGAAGUGUGUGUGCUUCUGAAACUAUCAUUUUCUGCUGCAUCACUAUUUACAAAUAAAAAAAAUGCACAAUCCUCUAACUUUUAUUUUUAAUUAUAUAGGUGCAGCAGCCCCCCUACUCUACCCAAAAGCUCAAACUUUCCUCAUAGGUCACAUGUAGUUCUGUGGGGCUGUGAGUACAAGUGAGGGGUUUUCUCAAGAAGUCUUUCUAGGUUGUCCUCUUUGUCUGGCCCCACGAUGAGAUGAACAAAGUGGUUAGAAGGGCGGAGGUCAGCUAAACACCCCACGUCCUCUCUCUGUCGCUUUGCACUGUGCAAUGACCCCACUAAGGAGAGGUGGUUUGGAGAGCAUAUUAAAGAGAGACUUUUUCAGUGUUUAAUGACACUGUAAUAAAUUAUCACUGCGUGUUUAACUUCCAUUUUCUAAGUCUGUGAGCGCAUGUGCACAUGCAUGUAUGAAAGUCUGUGUGAAAAGUGUAAAUUAGUUUCUCUACUCUGAGGUCAUUAUCUACCUGCCCUGCAACAGCACCAGUCACCUGUCUAAGUUUCAUUUUGACAGAGGAGAGGAUGGCGAGAGUGAGUGCGAGGUGGUGUGAGCUUGUCACACACCCACCCAGCGUGGGGGUGGAAGCUGUGGGUUCCAGUCGCCUUGAUACAUUUUUUUUAAAUAUAUUUUUUUUUUAAGACCAUGGCUCAGAUAUAGAACCACACACGUCCUGCACACAGAGGCAACACACACUCCUCUCACACACACUGCACCAUGAGCGGUAGCCAGGGCUAUACAUACCCCCAGAUGUUUCUAGUGGACUACAGUGGAGGUUCACAGCCGUCGAUCCAACCUCCAGGCCUGGUACCUUGCUGGUCCUUCCCUCCUGCCCAGGAGAGGGUAAGGGAGCAGGGCAGGGCCAGAGGCUGCAGGGGGGUUGGCUCCUGGAGCCUGGUUAUGGCUUUGCUGUUUCUGCUGCUGCUGGUGUUUGGGGCUCUGGGGCUGGGAGCCUACCAGAUACACAAGCUACAGACUCAACUGGAUGGGAUACAACAGGUUAACAUUGAGAGCCAAGGUUGUGCGCCUGAGAAGCUAGUGGGUGACCUUCCAGAGUCUGAUCCAGACACAGGGAAGAAGGCCAGCAGACCUGCAGCACACGUCAUAGGCCGGAUCGAGAAGGAUGUUUCCCAGAAUACCUUGCGUUGGGAGCCCAAGGCAGGGCGGGCCUUCACUGAGGGAGGCGUGGUCUAUCGGGAUGGUGGUCUGCAGGUCAACGAGACUGGGCUCUACCACAUCUACUCCCGGGUGCAAUUUGAGGCCAAUCACUGCACCCCUACAGAUGCCUUGGUUCACUCUGUGUUUGUGAGGAGGCCCUGGAGCUCCAAGCCUCUCACCUUGAUAGAGGCACACAGGGAGGGCUACUGCAGCUCGGGCUCUAAUGGGCGUGUCUGGACCUCUGGGAGUUACCUGGGCUCCACAUUGCAGCUGGAGAAGCAGGACUGGGUCUAUGUGAACGUCUCCCACCCAGCCAUGCUCAGCCACACUCAUCAUGCCAACUUCUUUGGACUCCACAAGAUCUAGCAAAAAAGGAUGAAAUCUGGAGUUGGUUUCAACUGAUAUUUCACUCAGAGAACCUUAACACUAAAAUGGUGGAGAAAAAAGUAGUAUUUAUUAUGAUAAAGAUCUGACACUGAUUCCAGCUGCAGGUCUGAAUGUAUGUUCAUUAGAACACAAACAUGUGCAUGUUUGGGAUUUUAUAUCCGUCAACAGGGAUCCAAUUUUUUAUAUUCUAAUAAAUGUAUUUAAAAAAAAUUAAAGUUCAGACUGAGAUCUUUGUCAAAGUGAUUGUAUAACAGGAGGAUGAUUAGUGUUAUUUUAUUGUGUUUGUGUUUUUUGUUAUGUCCCUUACAUUUUGUUCUCUCAAUCUGUCACUCCCUUGCUUCAUUAAAAUUAUAUUUUUUUAAAUGUAACCUUCAUUUAACAAGGCAAGUCAGUUAAGAACAAAUUCUUAUUACAAUGACAGCCUAAAUAUUUCAUCACAGUUUGCAGACCUCCAAGUUUAUGG